CGCCGGAGGCGACGAGGUUUGGAACACCACCAUCUGCGCGCGGGCGACGAGGAGGCGCGGGAAGAGCCUGGACGCAGGAGCCUCCUCGUUAUGGUCAGCUCUCCAGGUCAGCGAUCCCCACGGAAGCUCUAAGACAGAGAGGAGACGCCCUCUCCCACAAUGUCGUACAGACGGGAGCUGGAGAAGUACCGGGACCUGGAUGAAGAUGAAGUCCUUGGCGCCCUGACCGAGGACGAGCUGAGGACCCUGGAAAACGAGCUGGACGAGUUGGACCCCGAUAAUGAGCUGCUGCCAGCAGGCCUGAGGCAGAAGGAUCAGACCACCAAGGCACCCACAGGUCCCUUUAAAAGGGAGGAGCUCUUGGAUCACUUGGAAAAGCAAGCCAAGGAGUUUAAGGACCGAGAGGAUCUGGUCCCCUACACAGGGGAAAAACGAGGAAAGGUCUGGGUCCCCAAGCAGAAGCCAUCAGAUCCGGUGCUGGAAAGCGUGACGCUGGAGCCCGAGCUGGAGGAGGCCUUGGCGAACGCGUCUGAUGCCGAGCUCUGCGACAUCGCAGCCAUCCUGGGCAUGCACACCCUCAUGAGUAACCAGCAGUACUACCAGGCCCUGGGCAGCAGUUCCAUCGUGAACAAGGAGGGACUCAACAGUGUUAUCAAACCCACACAAUACAAGCCUGUGCCCGACGAAGAACCGAAUUCAACCGACGUAGAAGAAACGCUGGAGCGGAUAAAGAACAACGACCCGGACCUUGAAGAGGUCAACCUCAACAACAUCCGGAAUAUCCCCAUCCCCACCCUCAAGGCUUACGCAGAGGCCCUGAAGGACAACGCGUAUGUGAAGAAGUUCAGCAUCGUUGGAACUCGGAGCAAUGACCCUGUGGCGUAUGCUCUUGCUGAGAUGCUCAAGGUGAACAAGACCUUGAAGACCCUGAAUGUGGAGUCCAACUUCAUUUCUGGAGCGGGGGUCCUGAGACUGGUAGAAGCCCUGCCACACAACACUUCCCUUGUGGAGCUCAAAAUUGAUAACCAGAGCCAGCCUCUGGGCAACAAAGCAGAAAUGGAGAUGGUGAGCAUGCUGGAAAAAAACACAACGCUUCUCAAGUUCGGCUACCACUUCACCCAGCAGGGGCCCCGGCUUCGGGCAUCCAAUGCCAUGAUGAGCAACAACGACCUGGUGAGGAAGAGGCGGCUUGCAGACCUGACCGGGCCCAUCAUCCCCAAGUGCCGGAGUGGUGUCUAGUGCGCAGAGGGGAAGACCCGCCUUUGAACUGGACAUGUCCUCCUGAGGAUCCCUGCUCUGUCUGCCCGGGGAACCAGGCGGCAACGUACCGGCGCAUCCUUUGUGUUCAGUUCUUUAUGCACUAAGGUUUGACGUUAACUAGUGGUCGUAGUUGACAUUUUUAUAACAUAGGUUUCAUGUGAAGUUGUUCUUUAGUCUAGUGAUUAUUUAAAAAGGAAGCCCUCGAACCGGCUGAUUACUGAAGACGGAGCUACCUGAGCAGUGACUGACCCCCAGGGGCCCAGCUGCAGGCCUUGCUGUGCAGGGUCGGGUGUGUAGUGCGUGAACAGGCAGCACACUCGUCCACCGGGUUUCGGGAGCCUUAGCCCUAAUUACACAUUGGAUCUUGGCUACUUUGCAAAUUGACAUAUGUUUUAUUAACCCUCCUUUCAUUUUAAAGACUAGCCCUUUAAUUCAGGCUUGAGCUGCCAAGUGGAUGGCUGGAUCAAGAAUAAAGUUUUUGCCCUCCAGGGGGAUAAGAGAAACGAUUGCCGUCAGAGCUCCUCCUGGCAGAGGCGAUGGGAAAGGCCAGUGGUGAGAUGUCAAGCUUUGGGACACGUGUCUUUGGCAGUCCCAGGCAGCAAGCAUUUCCCUGAGGUCCCUUAUAGGAGCAUGACAUGACCUUACAGCUUAAUACUGGAGCCAGAAAAGACCCCACCCCACCCUCACCAAAUGCCAACCUCAUGCGGGACGUGAAACCCUACGGCCAAAUACUACUUGAAAGGCUCUGUCUGGGCGGCAUGGGGAGCAGCAGUGUGGCUCAUGUGGAGUGCCAGUCAGCAGGUGAACUUCCAGCUCACCACAGCUACGGUCUCAGCAUGGCUGGCCUUACGGACAUCCUGCCUGUCUCCCGGGGACUCCUACACAGCCACCACUGGUCUCGUGCCUGUGAACUGCCUCUGAAGGCCGCUGGGGAAGAAGACCCACAUGGUCAGAGAAUUAGGAAAUCCUGGCCAAACCUCCCAAAGACGAUGAUUCUGAAACCGCCCUGUGGGCAUGUCUGCUGCGUCCUGGCUGUUCGGUCGCACCGCCCUGUGCCUUUUCCUGCACCACAGUGCCAGUCACACCGGGAUUCCUGUUGCCUUGGGAGCUCUUUUCAGGUGCAAUUCAAUGAGUCUUAAGAGAAAGAGGCAAAGGCGUGGAGCUGGUGAGCACUGAGCAGGAUGCUCCGGAGGAGAGGGGAAACGCCAUGUGCGGGGGCCAGCUGCUGCAGCAUGGACAUGCACGGCAGCGGGGCGACAGGCCUUGACACUGGGGAAGAGGCUCAUCGAGGGGAGGCUGCAGAUGAACCCAAGGGCGGCCCCGUGCUGCAGGAACACCCCCUGCCCCAACAGCUUGCCCGUGAAACACACUGCAGCUGUGUUCUGCAUCACUGGAAACUGCAACGAAUAGUAAAUCUGUCGGUCUGUA